AUGCUGCAAGGAUGUGACUGCAUGCUGCAAGGAUGUGACUGCGUGCUGCAAGGAUGUGACUGCGUGCUGCAAGGAUGUGACUGCAUGCUGCAAGGAUGUGACUGCAUGCUGCAAGGAUGUGACUGCAUGCUGCAAGGAUGUGACUGCGUGCUGCAAGGAUGUGACUGCAUGCUGCAAGGAUGUGACUGCAUGCUGCAAGGAUGUGACUGCAUGCUGCAAGGAUGUGACUGCGUGCUGCAAGGAUGUGACUGCAUGCUGCAAGGAUGUGACUGCAUUAUGCAAGGAUGUGACUGCAUGCUGCAAGGAUGUGACUGCAUGCUGCAAGGAUGUGACUGCAUGCUGCAAGGAUGUGACUGCAUGCUGCAAGGAUGUGACUGCAUGCUGCAAGGAUGUGACUGCAUGCUGCAAGGAUGUGACUGCGUGCUGCAAGGAUGUGACUGCAUGCUGCAAGGAUGUGACUGCAUGCUGCAAGGGUGUGACUGCAUGCUGCAAGGAUGUGACUGCAUGCUGCAAGGAUGUGACUGCAUGCUGCAAGGAUGUGACUGCGUGCUGCAAGGAUGUGACUGCAUGCUGCAAGGAUGUGGCUGCAUGCUGCAAGGAUGUGACUGCAUGCUGCAAGGAUGUGACUGCAUGCUGCAAGGGUGUGACUACAUGCUGCAAGGAUGUGACUGCAUGCUGCAAGGAUGUGACUGCAUGCUGCAAGGAUGUGACAGCAUGCUGCAAGGAUGUGACUGCAUGCUGCAAGGAUGUGACAGUCCACCCGCUGCCGGUAACGUGUUGAUGCGAGUUGUCCCUUACGGAGAGGACACAACUAGCAAUCACACACAGAGAUCACACUAA